AUGUUUGAUGCAGAGAGAAGGAACAAAGAAUUGCAAUACAUGAAUGCAAAUGCAGAGAGAAAGAACUCACAGCAAAUGCAGAACAUGAAUGUAAGUGGGAUGGUGAACAAUGGACUAUGGCAACCACAAACCCGUAGUUAUAGUUUCCACAGCUCCUCUGUUACUUACGGUGGUCAGAACGGCAACUACUACACUUCUUCCAAGAUCAUAAGGACUGGAAGUGAUGGGUUAACUCUUGAAGAAAUCAGAGAGGCCCACAAUGCAACGCGGGAAGAUGCACACAGGAUCUCGAGAGGCCUUCAUAACAAGGGCCACACAGUUGCGCGUAAACUGGAUGGUCGUGUUGAUACAACGCAGACCUUGCACAAUUUAAACGAAGAUGAGUUGGCUGAUUUUGAACAGUCUUGGAAUGGAAAUGCCAGAAGGCAAAUGCAGUUACCUGGUCGGUCUGGUUCCUUUGGCAGCGGUCUUGUAAACAGGGAGCAACCGGUGUUGCUUCUCUCGACUGAUCCAAGUCCUUCUCAUGCACGAGCAGAACCAUCCAGAAGAACAAAAGCUGCAAUGAAUGUAAGAGGACAUGGCGGAAACUAA